GCUCUGACUGACGUUUCAAGCGGAUCUAUGGAAAAGGAAGGCGUUGUAGAACUAGUAGAAGAAAUCUCAUCUUUUCCGAAUAAUUGUAAUGACGGCCGCUAAUUGAUUAGUUGUAAUUCUACGCCGAUCUACAUUUUUGUCGUUAUAAUCGAUAGGUUUAAUAUUUCGGAGUCAUUAUUUCGCUACAAAGUGUAAAGAAAAGGCAUAAAACUGGUGUUCGAUAAGUCACUUGGCAAUAUGCCUGCCGUCAGGGGAGAUGGAAUGCGAGGGCUCGCAGUCUUCAUAUCAGACAUAAGAAACUGCAAAAGCAAAGAAGCGGAAAUAAAGAGGAUCAAUAAAGAACUGGCGAAUAUCAGAAGUAAGUUCAAAGGUGAUAAAACUCUUGAUGGGUACCAGAAAAAGAAGUAUGUAUGUAAACUCCUAUUUAUCUUUUUGCUGGGUCAUGAUAUUGACUUCGGUCAUAUGGAAGCCGUCAACUUACUCUCAUCCAAUAAGUAUUCCGAAAAGCAAAUCGGUUAUCUGUUCAUAUCUGUGCUGGUCAACACCAACAGUGACCUGAUAAAGCUUAUCAUCCAGAGUAUCAAAAAUGACCUGCAAUCACGUAACCCAAUCCAUGUCAACUUGGCACUGCAAUGUAUUGCUAACAUUGGCAGCAAAGAUAUGGCUGAAGCCUUUGGCACAGAAAUACCCAAACUACUAGUGUCUGGGGACACCAUGGAUGUAGUGAAACAAUCUGCUGCUCUCUGCCUAUUGAGACUGUUCAGAAAGUCACCAGAAAUUAUUCCUGGAGGUGAGUGGACUUCUCGAAUCAUACACCUUUUGAAUGAUCCACACAUGGGUGUGGUAACUGCAGCAACAUCUUUAAUUGAUGCUCUUGUCAAAAAGAAUCCAGAAGAAUACAAGGGUUGUGUAACUCUGGCAGUUGCAAGACUCAGUAGGAUUGUCACUGCUAGCUACACAGACCUACAAGAUUACACAUAUUACUUUGUGCCAGCUCCUUGGCUGUCUGUAAAAUUACUUCGCCUACUGCAAAAUUAUACUCCACCCUCAGAAGAGCCUGGAGUAAGAGGUCGGCUCUCAGAAUGCCUGGAAACUAUUUUCAAUAAAGCACAGGAACCUCCAAAGUCUAAAAAAGUACAACACUCAAAUGCUAAGAAUGCUGUCCUGUUUGAGGCUAUAAGCUUGAUUAUACAUAAUGAUAGUGAACCCAACUUGCUUGUGCGGGCCUGCAAUCAACUGGGUCAGUUCCUCAGUAACCGUGAGACCAAUCUCAGAUACCUGGCUCUUGAGUCCAUGUGUCAUCUGGCUACUUCUGAAUUUUCUCAUGAGGCUGUCAAAAAACACCAAGAAGUUGUUAUACUGUCCAUGAAAAUGGAAAAAGAUGUAUCUGUCCGACAGCAGGCUGUGGACCUACUUUAUGCAAUGUGUGACAAAACAAAUGCUGAAGAGAUUGUCCAAGAGAUGUUGGCUUACUUAGAAACUGCUGACUAUUCUAUAAGGGAAGAAAUGGUAUUAAAAGUAGCCAUAUUGGCUGAAAAGUAUGCAACUGAUUUCACUUGGUAUGUUGAUGUGAUUCUGAACCUCAUUAGAAUUGCUGGAGACUAUGUCUCAGAAGAAGUUUGGUACAGAGUUAUACAGAUUGUAAUUAAUAGAGAGGAAGUUCAAGGAUAUGCUGCUAAGACUGUCUUUGAAGCUCUACAGGCGCCUACUUGUCAUGAGAAUAUGGUGAAGGUUGGAGGAUACAUACUUGGAGAAUUUGGAAAUCUGAUUGCAGGAGACACUAGAUCCUCUCCUCAAGUUCAGUUUGAGUUGCUUCAUUCAAAGUAUCACCUCUGUUCAGCUGCUACAAGGGCUUUGCUGUUAUCCACAUACAUCAAACUUGUUAACCUAUUCCCAGAAAUUAAGAAUAGGGUACAAGAAGUUUUUCGAGCCGAUUCCAACUUACGUUCUUCUGAUGUAGAAUUACAACAGAGAGCAUCAGAAUAUCUACAGUUAAGUAUUGUCGCUAGUGCUGAUGUUUUGGCGACAGUACUGGAGGAAAUGCCAGCCUUCCCAGAAAGGGAAUCUUCCAUUUUGGCUGUUUUGAAAAAGAAAAAGCCUGGACGUAUUCCAGAUGAUGUUAGGGAGUCAAAGAGUCCUCAGCCAACAUCAGUUCCUGCUCCUAUAAUUAACAGCUCAAAUAAUACAAACAGCUCAAGUGCAGAUUUACUAGGACUUUCUACACCUCCUGGCACCACUGCUCCUGCAACUGGAAAUGGAUUACUUGAUGUGCUUGGAGAUCUUUACACAGCUCCUAAAAUCAGUCCCAGUACAGUCCAACAAAAUAACAUCAAAAAGUUCUUAUUUAAAAAUAAUGGAGUCUUAUUUGAAAAUGAUCUGAUUCAGAUUGGAGUAAAAAGUGAAUUUAGACAGAACUUGGGAAGAAUUGGUCUGUUCUAUGGCAACAAGACUCAGUUCCCUAUUCAAACUGUCCGUCCUGAAUUACAUUGGACAGAUUUGCAUAAGCUGAAUGUGCAAAUGAAACCCAUGGAACCAAUACUUGAGGCAGGUGCUCAGAUCCAACAAAUGCUGACUGCUGAAUGCAUUGAAGAUUUCAUUGAUGCUCCAAGCAUGUCUGUUUCAUUUGUGUACAACAAUGUCCCUCAAAAAAUCACCAUGAAACUUCCACUCACUCUUAACAAGUUCUUUGAACCAACAGAAAUGAAUGGUGAGUCAUUCUUUGCUAGAUGGAAAAAUCUAGGUGGAGAACAACAGAGAGCGCAAAAGAUAUUUAAAGCUCAAGGUUCCAUCGAUAUCCCGGCGACGCGCACCAAAUUAGCUGGCUUUGGUAUGCAGUUGUUAGAUGGUAUUGAUCCCAAUCCUGAUAAUUUCGUGUGUGCUGGUAUUGUCCACACCAGAAUGCAGCAAGUAGGAUGUCUUAUGAGAUUGGAACCAAACAAACAAGCUCAAAUGUUUAGACUGACUGUGAGAUCUAGCAAAGAAACAGUCUCACAUGAAAUUUGCAAUCUUCUAGCAGAUCAAUUUUAAGUUUAGUUUAUUAACCAUGAAAUAUGAACAACAUUGUUAGACAAUGAAGUUGGUGUAAUAGUCGCCUAGAAGUUCACAGUCACUUUACCUGUAGAGUAAUUAAAAUAAUGCGUACAAUUUGGGAAAUAUAUGAUGCAAAACACUUGUGAACUUUGCACUGAACUAGAAUGAAAUGAAAUCUCUUGUGUACAAUUUUGGAUUUAUUUUAUUGCUAAUAUAGAGUUAGGUGUUUUGUAAACCGAGAUUUAUUUUAAUUAACAUUUAAAGGCGAUUUAUAAGAUUUGAUAAGAUGUUCAAAAGACAAGGAAUAUUUUCGUUUGUAUUGUUGCAAUAUACUAUUUGGUACCUAUGCUAAGAAUGUACCUAAUUCAUCGCGUUUUGUAUAUCAUUACACUUCCAUAUGUAAAAACCUAAUUUGAUAUUAGUAGUAGUAAUAAUAAAGGAUAAUAUGUUAUUUGUCAUCUUCAUAAAUAUUCCAGAAUGUUAAUGUACUGUUAAAUCGGUAUAACAUCUAUACCAAAUAUGCUUGAUUUGUAUAUAUAGUGGAUAAAUGAGACUCUCAUCCCUAACUUCGUGGCAGAUAGUUGUUCUUGUUUGUGCGAUGAAUAGGUAGCUAUUUAGUGUCACAGAUAUACUGUUGUCUCAUAUUCCUAGGUAUAUUCAAAUGUAUUUAUGAUAAAAUAUAAAGUAGAAAAUUAUUAUCCAUACCAAAGUAAGUGUUUGGCUGUUAAUGGCAUCAUAUAUCAAAAUUUGUAUUGGUUAAUUUUAUAUUAUACUCAGCAGCUUUGCAAGAAAUGUUGGACCAGUAUAUGAUAAAUAUUAAAAGAAGCCAUAUUAUAAAUUACGAAUAAUACUCCAAAUAUUAAUUUUUAUACUGUUGAGUAUAUAUCUUAUCUAAUGUUACUCUUAUUGAAUAUUAUGAAAUAUAAUAUGAAUUUUCGGUUCAGCCUGGUAUUAACUUUCACUUGUAUAUCAUGAUUAUAUUUGUAGCAAUUGUAAAACAGACCUCUUUAUUUUUAUGUAAUGUUCCUGUUAUAUCUUAGUAAAUUAUAUGGCAAUAAUAAUAUUUCAUCUUCAAAUAGAAGCUGAUAUACAGUAUUAAGUUUGAAAAAAUAUGAUAUCAAAUUGUGUGUUGAAAAAGUGUGUUCAAUGCUAUAGUCCUGGCAAGAAAAAAAAAAUGAAAUUGAAAAUCACAAGUUACCAUGCAUUAGCCAUGAUCUUAUUUUACUUAGGUGCAAAAAUGUAAAGUUCUUAAAACAUCUUGUUUUUAUCAAUGGUACUUCACAUAAUUAUGUAUUAUUGACAUAUCUCUCCAGAAGUAAUUUGAUAAAAGACAUCCAACAUGGUCACAGUGACUGGUGCUUCUCAUUGUUUUAAAUUAAUAUUUGUUAACUUCCCAAACAUUCCUAUAUAAUAGGCCUAUUUUUAAUAUGUUAAAAGUAAUUGAGGGAAUGUAUAUUUCCUGUAUGAUUUAUAUUUUAUUAUGACAAACAUUUUUUAACUACAUAAUUUAUUUUUGAAGGGGGUUUUGUGAUCAAAUUGUGCUUGUAUUAGAACAGUUUCGAUUCUUGAAAUGACUGCUAGAUUGUUCUCUACUAGUAUGCACUUGCUAAAUUUAUACUGCUAGUUCAUAAUAAUAAGCAAAGUACCAAUUUUACUGAAAAUCUCUGGUCAAAUAAUUAUGGUUUUUUUAUUUAGUUGCUGGUAUGGCAUUUUCGAUGUAUGCGUCUGAUCAGCGUAUUAUAAGUUUAAAAAGAUCUGUUUGCAAAAAUGCCAUGGACUAGCAAUCUCUCUUAAAUCAGCCAAUAUAUUUGCAAACAUCUCUGUAUUGCGCAUAUUUCACGCCCAUUUUUCUACCGAUACGUGGUAAUGAUUAUUUCUACUUAGUGAAUACACAGCGAGCUGUAAAUCAUUGCUUCAAUGCACUAAUAUUUACUCUAAUGAUUGUAUGAAACCAGUUUCUUUUCUAUUAAAACUCAAUGUUGCUAAUAAUACCUAUGUGUAUCAGCUUCGUACUCAUGACAUCUUAAAUGUACUUGUUUGUUAGAGAUUAAUUAAAAUGUGUUGGUGUGUGUCUUGAGUCGAUAGUAGAAUCUCACAGCAUAGAAGAUUUAUUUUCAUAUGUACCACAAAAUAGAGAUUAGAUAUAGGGACUUUAGUAUUAUGGACAUAAAAUGUUGUUAUAAAUUUAUUGGUAGUGAGCAUGCUAAGUUUUCUUUGCAUGGUAGGUUUGUUAAGAGAACAUUAAUAAUAAAUUAAUAUAUCAAAUAUCAUAUAAACGUUUUAUUAAUCUUGUUAAGAAUGUGGUACCUAUAACAUUGUAUGUAUAUUAUGAAAUUUAAAAGAAAGUUAUGCUUAUUUGAUACAUGUACACUUCGUAUAUAUGUGUGUUAAUCAAAUGUAAAAUAUCACAAAGUGGGUGUGAUUCUGUACCAGAUAGAUGUUUGUUCUUGCGCUUCAAAACCCAUUAUUGUAACUCUUAAAUAAAAUAUUUAUCCAAUACGUA